AACGUCCACCAGAAAAGGUCACAGAUGGGGAGGAGUUCAAUGUUACCUAUUCUGUCACUGCCUCUGACUCCUUUUAUGAAUACGCCGUUAAAAACAAGAUUUUCCAGCUCAGUAAUGCCUCAGAGGCCAAAAGAUUCUGCCUCGAGCACGAAUGUCCCGCAAACUGGAACAACGCCAAUGAAGACAACUGCUGCGUUCACCACGCCAACAUUCACUCCUGUCCUCUUGCGCUCAUGAGAGGUGGAGGGAUUUGUGGUCCCUGGAUUCCAGAUGAUGGUGAAAUUGUGACUCACACGGUAUCCAAAGCUGGCAAGAUGAGCCAACUGCUGUGGACAUCAAAGGUGGUGCUGGUCCAUUUAGGAGUUACAUCGGUCAUUGCUCAUGUCAAAGUGGGACAGAUGCAUGCAGCACUAGAGUCCAAGGUGUUAGUAGUCAGCGCUCAGGUGUGUGGCGAUGACACCUGUGAGCUGGAGGAGAGCUGUCUGACGUGUCCCGCUGACUGUGGAGCUUGUCCUAUGCCCACAUCCAUCAAAGUGGCCAUUGGGCUUCCUGUGGCCUUGUUCUGCAGUGGUUUUAUCUUGACGCUGCUGUGGCUGCAAUACCAAAAACAGAAAAUGUUUUGGGAUGAGAGCUGGAUCAUCAACUAUAAUAAUAUCAUGUUUGGUAAAGUGUGCUACACAGGUUUUUGUAGCACCACAAGUCUUCAGACUGUAAAGAGGAACUCCAGUGUGAGUAGAGUCACAGAUGUGACGGUCAGCACUGCAGUCAACACCAACUUCAAACCACGCUUCAUUCAGGCCGGCAUCUAUGAUGGAAGGACUGUAGCUGUAAAACACAUCCAGAAGAAACACUUUACCCUCACCAAAACAAUCAGAAAAGAAGUCAAAGAGGUUAGGGAGCUUGAUCACCCAAACCUCUCCAAGUUCAUUGGAGGCUGUAUUGAAGUUCCUUUUGUGAGCAUUAUCACUGAAUACUGUCCAAAGGGAAGCCUGGCAGACGUGCUGUUGAACAAGGACAUCCCCAUCAAUUGGGGUUUUCGAUUGUCCUUUGCUACUGAUAUUGCCCGAGGAAUGGCUUACCUGCAUCAGCACAAAAUGUUCCACGGCCGUCUUCAUUCACGCAACUGUGUGAUUGACGACCGGUGGGUCUGCAAAAUAUCAGAUUAUGGACUAAUGGCCUACAGAAAGGAGGACUUCGAGGACAUGAGCACCAAUUUCCAAUGUCAAAACAUCUAUCUCAUUUACUGCGCACCUGAAGUUCUGCUGAGAAUCAGCACUAGUUUCACAGCUGCAGCUGAUGUGUACAGCUACUCUAUUAUCUUGGUGGAAAUUGCCACUCGCAGUGACCUCAUUUCACAGGAACAGGCAGAUUCAGUGAAGCUUGAUGUCAUGUGGCGCCCAUCACUUCCCAAACUGAAGGCUGGGAAACCAGACAGUGAUUGCCCAGAUCCUGAUGAUUACUGUGAGCUGAUAAAGAGAUGCUGGAACCACAAUGUGACCAUGAGGCCGACGUUUGAGCAGGUGAAAAAGAUUCUCGAUAAAAUGAACCCACACAAGGUCAGCCCUGUGGAUAUGAUGAUGAACCUGAUGGAAAAGUACAGCAAACAUUUGGAAACCAUUGUAGCUGAGAGAACACAGGAUCUUCUUCAGGAGAAGCAGACGACUGACCGUUUACUUUAUAGCAUGUUACCGAAACCAGUGGCUGAUGAUCUUCGUCAGGGACGCACAGCAGAAGCCCAAAGUUACUCCAACGCCACUGUAUAUUUCAGUGACAUAGUGGGCUUCACCCAGCUCUCUUGCUCCAGCACCCCUCACCAGGUUGUGGAUUUCCUCAACAAGCUUUACACCACAUUUGAUGACAUCAUCGACAACUACGAUGUGUACAAAGUGGAAACUAUAGGAGAUGCUUAUAUGGUGGUCUCAGGAGUACCGAAAGAGAACGGGAUCAAUCACGCUGGGGAAAUUGCCAGCAUGGCGCUGGACUUGGUCAGCAUCUGUCACGCGUUUAAAAUCCCACACAAGCCCACCACACAGCUGAAGAUAAGGGCUGGCAUCCACUCAGGCCCUGUUGUAGCUGGGGUGGUUGGCACCAAAAUGCCACGAUACUGCUUGUUUGGCGACACUGUAAACACAGCAUCCCGUAUGGAGUCCACCAGUGAAGCUUUAAAGAUCCAGUGCAGUGGUUCUACAGCAGAUCUUCUACACACACUUGGUGGAUAUGUGCUGAUGUGUCGUGGGUCUCUCUAUGUGAAGGGGAAAGGCGAAAUGACAACUUGGUGGCUGGAGGCAAAAAGAAGCCCCACAGACCCUUUGUUCCAGGAAGACGAACCUCUGGGUCUUCCUGUUCCUGUUAGCAGUUAAAUUAUGUGCUGCAGUCAUAUAUAAGCACAGUCACGACAGAAACCUUAACAAAUAAAUUGACAUGUUUAGCAGACAUGCUAACUGACUUUAUUUAAGCGUAUACUUACUGUUGGUGUAGAAGUAUGUGCUAAGUAUUACAUUUGAUUGCUGCUAUGCUGAUAUAUUGCUGCUGUCAUUGUUUUGUGCAUUAGACAAAGAAAACAAUGUUGUAUAUGUUGUGUCUGGACGAUUUAAAAAUGGUCUUUGUCAUUUGAAGGGUAAAUAUGUGCAUAAUUUGUCAUUUAACGUAGAUAUGCUGGAAUAAAAUGUGCAAACCGAUUUGUCUGAUGUAGAUGUUCUAAAAUAACUAUUCGCUAAAAUAAAUAAACUAUA